AUGUCAUCAUCGUCGUCAUCAGAUAAUUCAAAAAAGGAGAAUCCCGAAAAACAUCAGAACGAAAAACCGGACGAAAACGAGGAGCCGGUUCAAAAAUUGGCUGAAAACUCCACAUUUCUAGAUUUUUCGAAAAAAAAUUCUUUUCCAGAUCACUCGAAACUGGCAGCCGCCGGACUGAAACGAGCCGAAAUUCUGCGACAACGAAAAUUGAAUAAAAAGGCGCAAAAGCAGGUGAUUGCUCAGCAUACAGUAAGACGACCAGAAGUUCCAACUACCCUUCAUUCGGGAAUGUCAAUGCAAGAAGUGGCAUUUUUCAAACGGAAGUAUCAGGAGGCAGAAAAAGUUCAGAAGAGAAAUUCUAGAAGUCAUCAGAAUCCACCGACAACGUCUUCUGCAACUAUUCAAAUUUCUAUGAAGCUUUCUGAAGACGUGAAGUCUUCUGAAGGUUUUUCUGAAACUCAAGAACUUCGAAUGCUGUCUCCCAGGCCUUGGGGAUGUUCGACGACAUCUUCUGAAGCGUCGACGUCGUCUAAUCCUCCGACGUCUUCUGGAAACAUCCAGUGUCCGACAACAGAAUCUCAACAAGUGCCUUCAACGUCUCCUGGACCCUCACAUGUCUUCACUUAUAUCCCUCGGAAUCCAUCUGAAAUCUUCAGAAACCCUCCAUUUCCAAUCACGCCUUCUGGAGACGCUCAGAAUCCUCCGAUGUUCUCCAGAAACGUUGCCAACCAGCCGACGAUGUCCUAUGGAGCUGCUCAACAUCCAUCGUCAAUUCCUGAAGUUGUUCAGAAUCGACCAACGUCUUCUGGAACCUUCGCGACGCCUCCAGCUUCGUUUGGAGCACUUCAGAUUCCGACGACGUCUUCUGAAGGGCAUCAGAAUUCUGAUAGAAGCAGUCAAUUCAUUAUCACACCUUCUGGGCAAGUUUUUCGACGUCUCGUGGCUUCUGAAGGUCCAGCGACGUCUUCUAAUAUUCCAAAAUGGUCGUCAGACGGAAGUAACCAUCAAAUUGAGAUGCGUAGCGGGCUGAAAGUCUCAUGGUUGAAUCCUGAACGCUUUGAGAAUCUUCCAACGUCUUCCGAAAGCAUUCAACAGCAGAUGUCGUCAACAGGAGUCGUUCAGAAUCGUCCAACGUCAUCUGGAAUACAUAAGAAUCGUUUUGGAGCCCAGCAACACCAAGCCACGUCUUCUGAAGGUCUUCAGCACAUCCUAACGUCUUCUGAAAGUGCUGAAAAUCAGAUGACGUUAACGGGAGCCGUUCAGAAUCGUCCGACGCUUUCCGAAAACCUUCAAAAUGGUCCAACGGCUUCUGGAGGACUUCAGAACUCUCAAAUAUGCUCCCAAACUGUCCAGCAUCGGCCAACUUCUUCUAGAGGUCUUCCGAAUUCUCAAACCACAUUUAGAAACCUCCAAAAUGGUCCGACAUCUUUUGGAAGUGUUCGAAAUCGCCUAACGUCAUCUGGACUUCUCCAGAGGCGUCCAGCAUCAACUGGAAGCGUCCAGACUCAUCUAGCGCCUCUAGGAAGUUAUCAGAAUUCUUCACGAAUCCUCCAGCGCCGUCCAGCGUCAACUGGAUUGAUUGAGAAUCCUCCGAUGUGCUCUGGAACUCUUCAGCAGCGUCCAACGUCUUCUCCAAGUCUCCAGAAUCCAUCGACGCCAUCUGGAACGCUUCAGAAUCCUCAAAUCUUAACUGGAAGCUUCCACAGCCAUCAGGCGUCGUUAGGAGUCGUUCAAAACUGUCCUCCGGAUUCUAGAGGUCUUCAGAAUCCUCAAAUCCAAUCUAUAGGUGUUCGGAGUCCUCCAAUGUCUACUGGAAGCUUUCAGAAUCCACCAACUUCUUCCGGAGUAGUUCAAAAUCCUCAAAUCCCAUCUGGAGUUUUCCAACAUUCCUUCACGUCGUCUGAAUCUCUUCAGUACCCCUCCGCGUCUUCUGGAUUUUUCCAAAAUCCACUAACGUCUUCAGGAGCCCUUCAGAAUUAUCCAAUAGAUUCUAAAGGUCUUCAGAAUCCUCAAAUCCGACCUGGACCUUUCCAACAUCCCUCAACGUCUUCAGGAGUUUUUCCGAAUCGUUCAGAAGAUUCUAGAGAUCUUCAAAGCUCUCCAAUGUCGUCAGGAGUCGUUCAAAGCCUUCCAGCGUCUUUUGGAACCCUCCAACACCCCUCAACGUCUUUUGGAAGCCUUCAGAAUCCUCAAAUCUCAUCUGGAAACCUGAAAAAUUGUCCAAAAUCUAAAGUAAUGAUCCAGCAAUCUCCAAUGUCUUCGGAAAGUCUCCGCAACCGUCCGACGUCUUCUGGAGUGCCGGCGCAAGAAGCUGAACUCGUUGGAAGACUUUUUGACAUGCUGUUUGGCCCCAGAUUUGGUUCUUAUAUCCUAACAAGGGAACGAUUUUCGGACGGACUGAUUGGAAAGGAGUUUUGCUUCAAAGAAGACGUUGCCGUGGACUUUUUGGAUCUUCAGGAAGAGAGUGAAGUGGAAAUGGAGCCAGAAGAAGAGCCGGAAGAGGAUUCAGAAGACGAGUCAGAAGAAGAGAAGGAGUGCGUGAACUGUAUCCAGCUCGCCGAGCAAAUUGAGAAACUCAAAAAGCAAGAAGAGGUGCUCAAAAAAGUUGCCGAUGGCCUCACUGAAAAGGCCAAAAGAACGGAGUACGCUGAAGCGGAAUAUUUCAAAAUUGAGGCGAAAUUUGUGAAGGAACGAAUGGUGAAUAUUCAAAUACAGGAGGAUCUUAAGAAGGAGAAGGAGAAGAAGAUUGAGGAAAUGGAGAAGAGCUUGAGGAAGAAGGAGAAGCAGUUGGAGGAAACGAAGAGAAAUGCCGCCAAAACAGCCCAACAAGUUGCCCAAUCGCAUUCGGAUGCUCUGACGACGCUAAACAAGAAUCUGAAAUCGCUGGAAGAGGAAAAAUCAAAAGUUCAGAAUUCGCUGAAACAAUCGAGAACUGAAAAUCAGCGGAAAAAUGCUGCAGCAUCGAAAUUGGGUUCUCAGAACAAGAUCCUGACGGACAAUGUGGCCCAAUUGGAGCAAAAGCUGAAAAAUGCCAAGGACGCGGAAAACAAGACGAUUCAGAAUCAGAAAAAUCAGAUUCAGAAUCUGAACAAAAAAUGUGGACAGCUGGAGAAGGCUGAGGAGGCUGCAAAAUUGGAGAACGAGAAGCUGAAAAUGGAAAUUGAGAAGAUGAAAAUUGAGUUUCAGAAGAAGUUGGACGCGAUUCCGAAACCAGUUCCGUGA